CAGUGCUUUCUCUCAUUACUCAACUCUUUCUCUCGCCUGCCGAUUGAUAAAGCUUGGGAAAUUCAAGUUUUAUCUGCUAAAAAGUCGCUAUGGGUAAGGAAAAGGUUCACAUUAACAUUGUGGUCAUUGGCCAUGUCGACUCUGGAAAGUCAACCACCACCGGUCACCUGAUCUACAAGCUUGGAGGUAUUGACAAGCGUGUGAUUGAAAGGUUCGAGAAGGAGGCUGCUGAGAUGAACAAGAGGUCAUUCAAGUAUGCCUGGGUGCUUGACAAGUUGAAGGCUGAGCGUGAGCGUGGUAUUACCAUUGAUAUUGCCUUGUGGAAAUUUGAGACCACCAAGUACUACUGCACUGUUAUUGAUGCCCCUGGACAUCGUGACUUUAUCAAGAACAUGAUUACUGGUACCUCUCAGGCUGACUGUGCUGUCCUUAUCAUUGACUCCACCACUGGAGGUUUCGAAGCUGGUAUUUCCAAGGAUGGACAGACCCGUGAGCAUGCUCUUCUUGCCUUCACUCUUGGUGUGAAGCAAAUGAUUUGCUGCUGCAACAAGAUGGAUGCCACAACCCCCAAAUACUCAAAGGCAAGGUAUGAUGAAAUCGUGAAGGAAGUGUCUUCAUACUUGAAGAAGGUUGGAUACAACCCUGACAAGAUUCCCUUCGUCCCCAUUUCUGGUUUUGAGGGUGACAACAUGAUUGAGAGGUCCACCAACCUUGACUGGUACAAGGGUCCAACACUUCUUGAGGCUCUUGACCAGAUUAACGAGCCCAAGAGACCCUCUGACAAGCCCCUCCGUCUCCCACUUCAGGAUGUGUACAAGAUUGGAGGUAUUGGAACUGUUCCAGUGGGUCGUGUUGAAACCGGUGUCCUCAAGCCUGGUAUGGUUGUUACAUUCGGGCCCUCCGGAUUGACCACUGAAGUUAAGUCUGUUGAAAUGCACCAUGAGGCUCUUCAGGAGGCUCUUCCUGGUGACAAUGUUGGGUUCAAUGUGAAGAAUGUUGCUGUCAAGGAUCUCAAGCGUGGUUUUGUUGCCUCAAACUCAAAGGAUGAUCCUGCCAAGGAGGCAGCCAACUUCACCUCCCAAGUCAUCAUCAUGAACCACCCUGGGCAGAUUGGAAACGGUUAUGCCCCAGUUCUUGAUUGCCACACCUGCCACAUUGCUGUCAAGUUUGCGGAGCUCUUGACCAAGAUUGACAGGCGUUCCGGUAAGGAGCUUGAGAAGGAGCCCAAGUUCUUGAAGAAUGGUGAUGCUGGUAUGGUUAAGAUGGUUCCCACCAAGCCAAUGGUUGUGGAAACCUUCUCCGCGUACCCCCCACUUGGGCGUUUUGCUGUGAGGGACAUGAGACAGACUGUUGCUGUUGGUGUCAUCAAGAAUGUGGAGAAGAAGGACCCAAGUGGAGCCAAGGUGACCAAGUCUGCUGCCAAGAAGGGUGGCAAGUGAAACUUGCUUCUGUCUGUUUUUGCUUGUGGAUUGCGCGAUUUUAUUCUCAUAGUUGCGAGGUUGGUUAUGUUGAGCAUCCAGAUGCAAACCUGGGUGCUUGACAGACGGUGGCGAGAUCUUUUAUUAUUUUUAUAUGUUUUUCUUAAGGUUUUGUAACUUCAUCCCAGACUUGAUAAUUUUGUGUUUUUAAUUUUAUUUGAGUUGAGACUUAAGACUAAUUUAUUAUUUCAUAGUUUUUAUCUUGUUUGCCUCUUUAAGUUUAUUUGCAACUGUUAUGUUGA